AUGGCUCAUCUACUCACCAAUUCCCCUAUUGGACUGAUUGGGCGCUGGCUGUCAGGAGGGCGUCUGUUGCCACCCACCGAACAGCAGCCCGGCUUCAAGCUGCCUCCUCCCUAUCGGCUCGCCGCCACUCGCACGGUUCUGCCGGUCGGGUCGAGCUCACUGACGGGAUCGGAGAGGGAUGAGGAGGGCGGGUUGGAAGCGCGGGAGAAGAAGAAUCACGUUCGGAAUGAGUCGAGGUCCGGUGGCAGCUCAGAAGCGCAUUUCACCACCGAUCAGCAGCCGCAACAGCAGCAGCAGCAGCAGCAGGAGCAGGAAAAGCCAGCCGACGAGCCGGCACCUGAGCCAGCGACACGACCUCCAUGGAAUGAACCCCAAAUCACCGCCGAAGGAGCGAUCCAGGUCGGUUGGUAUUCGAGCACAGACCCAGACAACCCGCAAAACUGGUCCUUUGGGGCCAAGCUGCUCGUGUACCUGGAGGUGAAUCUCAUCACCUUCAUGGUCUACAUGUCGGUGGCCAUCUUCUCCGCCGCGGAGGGGGAGUUCCGCACCGUCUUCGGGGUCUCGCGCUCGGUGACCGAGUUGGGGAUGUCGCUGUAUGUGCUGGGCUACGGGACAGGGCCGAUGAUCUGGAGCCCUCUAUCGGAAAUCCCCUCGGUUGGCCGCAAUCCGCCCUAUGUGGUCUCAGUGACCAUCUUCUUGCUGCUCAGCAUUCCCACCGCGUUGGUGAACAACGUCCCUGGAUUUCUGAUCCUACGAUUUCUACAGGGGUUCUUUGGUUCUCCCGGUCUGGCCACGGGGGGGGCCUCCAUCGCGGACGUGACGGGGCUAACGAACCUGCCCUACGGCCUCUACGUCUGGGCUGUCUGCUCGAUUGCGGGCCCCGCGGUGGCGCCGGUCAUUGCGGGCUUCAGCGUCCCCGUCAAGGGGUGGCAUUGGUCGAUGUGGGAGGUCCUGUGGGCCGCCGGGGGGUGCUUUGUCUUUCUGCUGUUCCUCCCCGAAACCUCCGGACCGGCCAUCCUGCACCUGCGCGCCAAACGCCUCCGGGCCCUCACCGGCAAUCCCGCCUUCCAGUCGCAAUCCGAAAUCGCCGUGCGCGACGCGAGGCCCACGCAGAUCGUCUACGACGCCCUCGUGAUUCCGUGGAAGAUCAACGCGCUCGACCCGGCGAUCCUUUUCACCACCGUCUACAUCGGACUGGUAUACGCCAUCUUCUACAGCUACUUCGAGGUGCUGCCGCGAGUGUACAUCACCAUGCACGCCAUGACGCUGGGCCAACUGGGGCUGAUCUUCCUGGGGGCGAUUGUCGGCACGCUCCUGGUGCUUCCGGGCUACUUCGCCUUCACGCACUGGUCGCUGAACGCGGACUUCCGACGUGGUGUGUGGCCGCGUCCAGAAAAGCGUCUCGUGCCCGCCCUGUGCGGCAGCGUGCUGGUGCCCGUCGGCCUGUUCCUGUUUGCCUGGACCGCGCGUCCCGACAUCCACUGGCUCGUUCCCACCGUGGGUCUCGUGCUCGAGGUCGCCGGGAUGAGCCUCGUCAUCCAGUGCGUCUUCAGCUACGUCGCCGUCGCCUAUCUGCGCUACAGCGCCAGCCUCUUUGCCAUCAAUGAUCUGGCCCGGGCCUAUCUCGCCUUCGCCGCCAUCAUGUGGUCGGACCCCCUGUAUGACCGGUUGGGCGUCGCCCGCGGCACCACAUUGUUGGCCGGGCUGACCGUCGGCUGUGUCGGAGGCAUGUUCACCUUGUACUGGUUGGGGCCGGCGUUGCGGAAGCGCAGUCGCUUUGCUUCCGAUUGAGGAUUUCCUCGGGCUCCAGGCCCUCCUGGAGAUCUAUAUUCAGGUAGUGGUGGACAUGGUUGGCGGAAGAGCAUUGGUCGUAGGUCUGGGCGAAGAGCGGAGCGCAGGGUGAUUGACGGUAUCGAUGAACAACGCAGCACAGGCUUGCCCUUUUCCUAUGCACAUCCCGACGUAGGCCUUUUCGUCCGCUGCUAAACGCGAGGGCAAAGGGAACAGUGGAGAAAAAAAAAUCCAACUAUCAGAGUGGUACAAUGUCAUCCUCUCCCAGAGCCGCUACUUUCG